GACAACAUGAGUCGGGUUGCGCCGAUGGGCAAAGAGGGAUGCUGGCCACGCAGAUAUCUGGUGUGUGUGUGUGUGUGUGUGUGUUCUAUCGGAGGGACAUCAUCUAUCCUUGCGCAGUCGGCAAUUGUUAAUUUUUUUUAUUGCGACCAUGGAUCAUGGAUUGCCUGCCGCGCCCCCCCAAGUUGGGCUGUGACAUCGUGCCAGAUCGAGUGGAAACCCGCGCACAUCGGGAUUCCGAUCCGAUGGGAUGAAUCCUAGUUGUUGUUACUUACACACACACGGUGAACCCUUUCAUCAACCUCAGAAGUAUAGUAACGUACGAUCAUCACUAUUGAA